GUGAUGUUUCAGCCCAGUUACUGCUCUGCCAAACUCACAAAGGAUUAGACCUCAGUCCAACACACCCACAGCACAGGAUUGCAAUUCCCAGUGCUGAAACUUGAACACAGUUCUUUAUAUGAUUUCUGGGACCAUGGGAAAGAAGCUGGAUCUAUCCAAGCUGACGGAUGAAGAGGCCAAGCAUGUCUGGGAGGUUAUUCAACGGGAUUUCGACCUGCGGAAGAAAGAGGAAGACAGACUGGGAGAGCUGAAGACCAAGCUCGAGAAGGAGGACACGAAGCUGGAGCUGCUAGGGACCCAGUCCAGUCUGACGGACUCACACUGCAUCCGGUGUCUGCAGCCGUUCAAGUUCCUGAUGAACAGCAAGCGCCAGUGCCUGGACUGCCGCCUCUACACCUGCAAGUCCUGCAGCCGCUACAACAAGAAGGAGCGCGGCUGGGUGUGCGACCCCUGCAGGACGUCUCGGGUUGUGAAAAUGGGUUCCUUGGACUGGUAUCACGAGCACGUCCGCUCACGCUUCAAACGAUUCGGAAGCGCCAAGGUGAUGCGAUCGCUGUACAAGAGACUCCACAGCGAGCAGAGGCUUAAAUCGGAACUAGCAGAUUCAAACUGGGAAUCCGAUGACAGCUCCCAUGAUGACAAUACAUACAGCAUGCCUGAUGUCCGAGACAUGUACGAUAUGCCUGAGGAGGAUGAGGUCACCAUUGAUGCCUCAGAGGCUCAGCGCUACAGACUGAUGCGAAAGACCAAGCGUCUCCUCUCGGUUCACCCCCUUGAUUUCGAUCUGGACUCUGAGUACUCUACUCAGUCCCGCCGACAGUCUCUGCAGCACUCGGGCGGGGGGGAAGGUGUCACCCGGAAGGAGUCGAUGAUCGCCGAGGCAGAUAUUGCCUCCAUGUUCCAGCAGAUCCUGCAGGAGCAGGGGCAGGUGGGUGGGAAACCAGAGCAGGAGUUCAGCACCGAAGUGCACCUUCGCAUCAACUCCCGCAGGAAGAGUCUGGAGAAGUCCUCCAAAUCCGAUGAAGGCCACUUCUCUGAGCACAGAAUGAUUCGAGCGCGUCCCUCUCCGAAAGGCAGCCCCACAGGCCAGUUGAAAGGGCCUCAGCGCUCCCAGUACUACGCUGACAUGGACAGUUCUGACGAGCAAGGGGAGGGGGUGCCACGCUUCCCUUUGUACCAGAAUCACUUCCCCAAGCGGAGGAGCCGAGCAUCCUCCCAGGAAAUGUCGCACCACUCCAAGCCCCAGAUCUCUGAGUUGAACAAGCGCAUGUCUGCUAUCGAACGCCUUCUAAACCGCUUGGAACAGAGAAUAGUGGUGCCCUCAGAGCAGGGCAUGCAGUCUGAUGCAGACCUGGAGGAGAAGAAGCUGAAGAAGAAGCUGGGCGAGCUGGCUGGAAACAUCAGCGACAAGGGCCUGUCAUCCGAGGAAGAUGAGGGGAGGAAAAAAAAGGUCCAGAGAGAAGCAAUGAUGAGCUCCUCCAGUGAUGACCUCCCAAACGAAGCACAGAAGAGAUCUGCUGCGACGCUUUGUGACAUCACAACAGAGGCGCUAAGAACCUUAAACGCCACUGAAAGAGCGAUCUCCGAGUUAGUACCGCCAAAGCCCAAAGAAAGACAGCAGUUACAGGGGACAGAUGUAACGCGGGCAGAUGAGGCGUACAGAGAACUCGAGCAGCAUGUCUACAUGGCAGCUAGUAAGACCUACAGCCUGGAGAAGAAACUGAAGGACCUGGAAGAAUCUGCUAAGAGCCGGUAUAGCGGCACCACAGACUCGGAGCUCAGUGAGCUGGAAGACAAGGUGGCAUAUGCAGCAGCUGCUGUCCAGAACACCGAGAGUGAGGUUUCAGACAUUGAGAACAGAAUUGCUGCCCUCAGUGCAGCUGGUCUGACUGUGGUUCCGGAGAGAAACAGAAAGAAAUUUUCUGGACAGACAGUGGCCACACAGCAGUCGGUGCGAAGAAAGCUUUCUAAUUCACAUCUAAAUCAAAGAGAAACAGAUGAGUUUGAUCGAAAUGCAUUGUACAAAGGGUCACUGACUCAAAGGACUCCUGCAUUUAUGGUCAAGAGAAAUGCAGCGUAUGCGGAAACAAUAAUGGCUCAGCAUCCUUAAAGAAAGAAAGCCUGAUGUAACAAAAGUGAAUUCCACCCUAGACUGCAGUAUAUUUAUAGAGGAACAAAAAGAGAAGGACAAGCUUGUGUGUAGUGAUGUACUUUUCAAUGUUACUGUAGAAAAGAAAUCCAACUUCAAUUCUAUUGUACAAAUGCAUUGUAUAUCAUGCCAUAUUAGGAAGCGUACUGCUAAAACAUAGUUUAUUGUUUCCUUUGCAUACAUGCACAAUACAUGCACACACACACACACACACACACACACACACACACACACACACACACACACACACACACACACACACACACACACAGUAAAUUGUAAACCCUGAGGUACUACCUGACUUGCAGUCUGUUGAAACAUUAUUAAUCCCUGCUGUUCCAGCUGCAGCAUGUCAGCAAUGAGCAACAAAACCAUUUUGAGCUGGUUAUACCAGUGGGCUAAUAAUACCAAUUGUUGUUUUAUAUGACAGCUGAUUCUGCUAAUUACUAAAUGUCCUAUGUUACCAGCUAGAUAUUUGUCUUACUAGGUCAUAAAGCCAAAUUAAAUUAAAUUGUUAGAUACAAUUUAAAAUCAAAAAGCCAAGAAAUGCUGCCUAUACUUAUUAGUGAUCCUGCAAAAUGAGCACCACAGUUCAUACAUUUUUAGAAAUAUGUCUUAUUUAUUGGCAAGUGUCUUCAAUCCAGAUUAUUUUAGAUUUGUAAUGCUUUACAUUAUGUGCAAUAGAAUAGCUGCUACUGCCACAUGUUAGCUUCCUUCCACUGUGUACACUUGAUAUAGAAAUACUCAAUAAAAUAUUAA